AUGGAGUGGGAUCCUAGUCGAUUCUUCCGCCCUUCAGGGAGUCCUUCGCCUUAUGCUCUUAUCAUCCUCAAUCAGCCAAUCAAUGAGAAAGCUUUUGGGGUGUUGAGCAGAUAUGCAUCCUAUAUCAUUUGUGCCGAUGGAGGUGCCAAUCGGCUUUUUGAUAUGUUGAAAAUUAAUGGAAUAGAAUCUAAACAACUUCCUGACCGCAUUGUUGGCGACCUUGAUUCUAUCCGCCCCGCAGUGCGAGAACAUUAUGAGAAACUUGGAGUGCCUAUCCUCGAAGAUCAAGACCAAUACUCAACAGAUUUCACAAAGUCUCUGAGAUAUCUCAAUGCACAUGCUGCAGAGAUCAUAGCUUCUCCCCGGAAAGGAAAGCCAGUCACCAAUGGCUCAAAUGAAAGCACAUCAACCUCACCAUCUGACCAAUCACCUCUGGAAGUUGUGAUCCUCGGAGGUCUAGGUGGCCGUGUGGAUCAAGCUUUCUCCCAAGUCCACCACUUGUACAUGAUGACGCAGAUGCAGCGCUCAAUCCGUGAAAAUGAAACCAACACAUCAAGCUCCAAUGCGAAGUCAGCUGCAGGCGGCAACCUCUAUCUUGUCUCUGAGGAAAGCAUUACCUUCAUUAUCCAAACGGGGAAGAAUACAAUCCUCACGCCCGCAACAAGACGAGCAGACAUCGGGACAGUGUCGACAUCUGAUGCAAGCGAGUCGCUAAAGAAACGGAAGCGUGAGCAAGACCAGGCGCAAGAGCCAGACCCAGAAUACUUCUUCGAAGAAAAUAUCGGCAUCAUCCCCCUCUCAGGGCCUGCCAAGAUUACAACCCAUGGCUUUGAAUGGGAUGUGGAGAAUUGGCAUACCGAAAUUGGAGGUCAGGUAUCCACGAGUAAUCAUAUCCGCGCCGAUAAGGUGGAUGUUGAAACCUCUGCGCCGGUUUUGUUUACAUUGGAGUUGGCGGAGAGAUUGAAGAGAUGA